CACUGCGAACUGAUAGCCCUUAGGCAAAAUGUAAACAAACAAAGCAGCUGAACAGCUUGUAUAUUAAAGAAAAACAAAAUUAUUAAUAAUAAUUGUAAAAAUAAAAUUAAAAUAAAAACUAUUUGUUAUGGCUAACAACUCUUGGGCCACUGGUCUAAUAAAGACUCUUAAAGAUCCCAGCACACACAUUAUAUCCUCAAAUUUGGCUGUAGUUAUAAGUGACAAAUAUCCAAAGGCCCAACAUCAUUAUUUAGUUUUGCCACAUGAAGACAUACCCUCGAUAUUUAAUUUAACUAAAAUCCAUUUAGCUCUACUAGAAGAAUUAUAUUUAUUAGCUUUAAAUGUUAUAGAAGUUAAACAACAGAAAUUGGAAAAUUUUAAAAUUGGUUUUCACAAUCAACCCAGUAUGCAGCGUUUACAUUUACAUGUUAUUUCCAAGGAUUUUGUUUCCGACUGCUUAAAAACGAAAAAGCAUUGGAAUAGUUUUAAUACAGCAUUAUUUUUAAAUUAUGAAGAUCUCUGCCAGCAGUUACAGGAAUCGGGAAAAGUUAGACGUUUAGAUAGCGAGACUUUAAAAAGUUUAAGUAAUAUGGAUUUAAAGUGCAAUCAAUGUGAAUUUGUUGCCAAAAAUAUGCCUACAUUAAAGCAACAUUUACUGGAACAUUUAGAAUAGAUAAAUAAAUAAAAGUCAAUGACGUUCAAACACAAAGAA